UCGUUCGUAAGUCGGUGACGGGCAGGGCAUCUCGUUCGUAAGUCGGUAAUGGGCACGGCAUCUCGUUCGUAAGUCGGUGAUGGGCACGGCAUCUCGUUCCUAAGUCGGUGACAGGCACGGCAUCUCGUUCGUAAGUCGGUGAUGGGCACGGCAUCUCGUUCGUAAGUCAGUGACGGGCAGGGCAUCUCGUUCGUAAGUCGGUGACGGGCACGGCAUUUCGUUCGUAAGUCGGUGACGGGCAGAGCAUCUCGUUCCUAAGUCGGUGACAGGCACGGCAUCUCGUUCGUAAGUCGGUGAUGGACACGGUAUCUCGUUCGUAAGUCGGUGACGGGCACGGCAUCUCGUCCGUAAGUCGGUGACGGGCACGGCAUCUCGUCCGUAAGUCGGCGACAGGCACGGCAUCUCGUUCGUAAGUCGGUGACGGGCACGGCAUCUCGUCCGUAAGUCGGCGACAGGCACGGCAUCUCGUUCGGUCGUCUUGUGCCGCAUCGAGUCGCUUUUCGCAGCACCUCUCCGCCCCCAUCACAUCCCGGCUGGCGAGAGGGCGCAUUGACGUAGGUGGCGUUUAUGCAACCGAUGGCUUCAAACUUUGAAUUGCCGUUCAUCAAACAAGAAAAUGAAGACAAUCCGUACCCAGGGAUGGGUCCUGACUUGACGGUGAAAGAUGAAGACUCUCACGCUGGAGUAGCUGUGAAGCGAGAAGAUGACGGGAGCCUGGAUGACGAAACGCUGAGAAGCGUGCCUCAAACCGCAUUGAAGGAAUCCGCUCCAGAGCUGAAGAUUGUUAAAGUUGAAGCCCAUGAGGGUUCAGAGGAGACGGGGAGUCCCUACGGAUAUGUGGCCACCGCAGACCAGAACUUCAUCAAGGUGGAGUUGUCGGAGGAGGAUAUUGGUGAAGCGCUCUAUCCGAUGACCGUCGACAACGAAGAGGCCGGUGCAUGGCGAGGAGACGGAGGGGGACCCCACGGACGUUUGUUGGACACCGGGGACCAGAACUUCAUCGAGGUGAAGUUAUCAGAGGAGGAUAUAUGUGAAGAUCGAGCGGAAGGGACGGAACUCGCGUGCCAGGAGUGCGGGGAGGACGACCGCUCGGGAGCGCGGACAGACGAGGUCUCCCCGCCGGCUCCCAAGCGGCGCGGCAAAGCGCCGGGGGGCGCGGCCAUCGACGCCGACCGGAGGAGGCACACGUGCGAGGAGUGCGGCAGGGCGUUCGCGACGCGUUUCAAACUGCUCACGCACGAGCGCACGCACACGGGCGAGUGGCCGCACGCCUGCGCCGAGUGCGGCAAAGGGUUCGCCCACCGCUCCUUCCUGGAGAGGCACGCGCGCACGCACACGGGCGAGAAGCCGCACGUGUGCGACGAGUGCGGCCGGGGUUUCGCCCAGCGCUCCAACCUGCGGGCGCACUCGGCGACGCACACGGGCGUGUGGCCGCACGCCUGUGCCGAGUGCGGCCGGGGCUUCGCGCAGCGCUCCAGCCUGGAGGCGCACGCGGCGACGCACACAGGCGAGAGGCCGCACACGUGUGCCGAGUGCGGCAAGGCGUUCGCACAGCGAUACAACCUGGAGGUGCACGCCAAGAUACACACGGGCGAGAGGCCGUACGUGUGCCAGGAGUGCGGCCGGGGUUUUUCCCACUGCUCCACGCUCAAGAACCACGCGCGCACGCACACGGGCGAGAAGCCGCACGCGUGCGCCGAGUGCGGGAAGCGGUUUUCGCAGCGGUUCACCUUGAACAUGCACGCGAGGACGCACACGGGCGAGAAGCCGCACGUGUGCAAGGAGUGCGGCAAGGCCUACGCGCAGCGUUCCAGCCUGGAGGCGCACUCCCUAACGCACACGGGCGAGAGGCCGCACGUGUGCAAGGAGUGCGGGAAAGGCUUCUCGCAGCGUUUCACCUUGAACAUGCAUUACAGGACGCACACCGGCGAGAAGCCAUACAUGUGCAAGGAGUGUGGGAAGAGGUUUACGACCCGUUACAACUUAGAGACGCACUCCAAAACGCACGUCGGCGGGGCGAGGUGUGCACACGGUAACUCGGCUCAGCGGAACGCUCCGGGAACACAACCCGGCGAGGUUCCGUACGCUCCCGCGAGGAGUGCGGGGGAAGAAGUUUAACCGAAGUUUAUAUUUUGGGAGAAAACUUUCGAGGGGAUACCGGUGAGAAGCCCCUUUAGGUGUACCAGGCGUGUACGGGAAGGGCUUCACCGAUCUCUCUCUAAAAACAGAUGUUCCGUAAAAACUCUGGACUUAAACAUAUUUGCAUUUUAGUUUUUUGUGUCUCCGUUAACCCUCUCCCAUUCCCGAUGACGUACGUGUGUACGUCAUCGUAAACGAAUCCGGAGGAAAAACUAAAACAAAGUAACUUUAUCGGUGCACCGAGGCUCCCAUCACAAAGCCACGCGGGAGGGUCAUGUCGCACAGCUUUGUCGCCGGCUAUCGUAGAGUGGCGGCGGUCGUGUCGCUACGGUUCUCUGCGGUGAGCGACGACGUCUUUGUAAAAACAACAACAACGCUGCUGCUACGGCUCUCUAAAUAAAAUUAACGCUGAGCCACUCGCGCGUUCCCAGAUUCGGCGGUGAACGUGGAUACCACGUCUCGGAGCAGGAGAAGGGUUAAUGGAUUUGUUUCACCAUCAUCAUCAUCAGAGCCGUGGUCAAUCCACUGUUGGAUGAAGUCACCGCCGCCAUCCCCCAAUGAUCCGGCGAUGUAAAUCAUCAACCCAGCUCCGAUUUCAUCCCUCCGUCUCCUCGCCGGAUGUAAUCGCAGACGCAUUAUAUCCCUUAUUCUUUUAAUCGUCGGAAAUCAUUCCUUCAGAGUCGGAAACGGAAGUUCAUUUCCCGCCGUGUAAAGCCGUAGAGCUAAGAAGCUCUUUAUUAAGGGGGGGGAGGGGGGGGGGCGGGCGACUCGGCUGGGCGGUCGGCAUCAAAGCAUUCCACAAUUACAUAUUUUUAAAAAACCAACAAUAACAGCGAUUAUGUUGCGAUGUCACACACAUGGGCGAGUGACCGCACAUGUGCACGGAGUGUGGGAAGGGGUUUGCACGAAGUUCUACGUUAAAGGAGCAGUUAGAACAAAACAACAGCCGCCGUUCACCACUAAGUGACGUCAUCACGGCGCCUGUGCCAGGCUGGGUGCACUCCGAGGCCGUCACGGCAAGUGUCGAAGGCCCGCUGGCAGGAGGUCACGGAACAGACCCAGGUGCCAUGGGUUGACUGAGAUCAGAAUCAGAAUAUUUAUACUGCGGGAGGAAUCUGAUGUCCAGUAGAGGCACGGGGUCAGAACGUUAUAAUAUUACACACAACACGACAAAGUAUAGGGAUGAUUGAGAUUUGACUGUGCAUAUUAUUAUGAUUUUGGAUCGCAAUUUUAAUCGGAAAUCUGUUAUUUCCCUAGUGACGCAUGGACAGUAUAGUCCAAUGAUGGUGAAUGUACACAUAUUCUAUAAUGGUAAUGAAAUAUAUAACAUGCAUGAAUGUGCUAUGUUGUGAUUUCGCCUGGCUAUCUUGAUGGGAUUUGAUUGAUUGGCUUACUGUGUAGUGAGUAUAUGUAGUCAAGGCGUGCAGUAUUGUUGUGAUGUACGUCGGGGAGUUGAUUGGUGGCGAGAUGUUAACUACCUCGCCUGGUAUACAGGAGGUCGUGGUGUUCGAUCCCGACCCUUGACACCUGCAGUAUAUUUGGAGCUUGCGUGUUCUCCCCGUGUUCGUGUGGAUUUUAGUUUGACCCUCCACACUCAUGAACAUGCUGAAAAUUUCCACGCAAAGUCGCUUGGUCGAGCUGUCAUUUGUGAUGGCCACGUCUAUCCUGGAAAAGAGCAGCCUCAGUGGGCUUUAGCUACUCUUUGGUUCUUUCAGUAAAGUCACGUAGUUAGAAAUAAAAUAAAACAAAUCACGACGUUUCGAUAGCAACACAAACGUUCGUCAUCAGGCAAAGGAGUCUGCCUCUAAAGGCAACCUGUUCUUAGGUUUUUUCGGUAAAGUC